GGCUGUUACCUAUUAAUAGAUCAUAUGACCACAUUUUCCUUGUAGAGAGCCAACGAGCCCAUUUUAGAAUAGAUGAUCGCUGUCAACCAAGACGUGUUUUUGGUGAUGAUGACAUUGUGAUAGGUCGUCUCGGAGGGUGGAGAGAAGCUGCGCACCGAAUAACUUCUCAUCGACCGCGUGUUUUGGUCACUGCAGUGUGAUUGAACAUGAGUAGCAGCAGACUUUAUUUACGAUUGCAAUCAUGUCGUUUUUAUUCCGGUGGUUUGAGAGCGACAUAUCACCGAACCUUGGACAGGAUCGAGUUAAUGCUGCCGCCUAAAUUAAGACCUCUCUACAAUCAUCCUGCUGGACCAAAGACGGUUUUCUUCUGGGCACCAGUUUUUAAAUGGGGUUUAGUAGUGGCUGGAUUCUCUGAUAUGACCCGGCCACCAGAAAAGCUCAGUGUCUCUCAGUCCUGCGUCAUUACAGCCACAGGAAUAAUUUGGUCAAGGUACUGCUUGGUGAUCAUCCCCAAAAACUGGGCUCUGUUUGCUGUUAACUUCUUUCUAGGCAUGUGUGGAAGCAUCCAGCUCAUAAGAAUAUGGAGGUACAACCAACAGCUCAAGCAGAAAGGAGUGGAAGUGCCACAGUCUUGAAUUGCCACUUAUUCUUACGAGUGGAGUGGUGAUAUAGUUUUGCUUUGUUACUGUAAAAGCAAUGAAUCUGCAUUUUGCACACAUCAGUCAUGUUAUAUAGAUCAAACAAAUAUGCUCUGUCUGUGUAAAAUAGGGAUUUGUUUUUUUUAAACUUCAUAAUCAUUUAAAACUUUAUCACAUAAAAUUGUGAUAUAUUACGAUUGUAAUUCAUAUGUUCUUGAUUGUAUAUUGUAAUGUGUUGUUAUUCUGAUCCAUCGUUAUUUCUAUAGAUUUCUUAGUUUUAAGGGGGUCAUAUUAUAAUAAUAAUCAUUUUUUAAAAAGUUACUGGAGGUGUGCCUGUAAUAUUAUAAUUUUUUUGUGCCAAAACAGUCACUAUUGAAACGACUAUUGAAAAAAAGACUAAAAAAAUUCUAAUUCUUAGAGUUAACUGGAUAUAUUUUGUUAGUGUGUCUUUAAGGAAAUUCUUUGCAUGUGAAAUUAACUUUAAAUCAAAGUGUGCCACACAAACCUCUAAGAUCAAACUGAAAUGUAAUAUGUUAUGGAAAUCGUAAAACAUAAAAGACCUUAGUAUGCUUUGAGUUCUAAAAGUCACAAUGUAUUUCUAAUGCAUCAAGCUUUUUCUGAAAAGGCUAAGGAAUAAUUUGAUUCCUCAUGAUAUGGCCCCUUUAAAAUCUAACAUAAAAACUAAUGGUAAUUUGAUAAAACUAACAUCCUGUUGCACUGUAUGCUAAAUCACUGUUACAUGUUUUGCAUUGGAUACUGAGAUGAGAUGAACACAUGCAGUGGGCAAAGGUCAUUACCAAGUCACACACAGGAAUAGACAGACUUUGCCCUUUAUAUGGACAGAACAGACACACAAUGAUAGACAGAAUGUUUUAAAGUGUUGAGCUGUAGUACAAUCUUACACAUUAUAGUAAUAUCUGUCAAUGUACGCAUUUAUUAAAGUCAAUAUAACAUGGA